CACACUUACAAAUACUCUCACACUGUUGAUACCUUAAACCAUGUUUUCCUAUAUAUAUAACACACAUUACUCUUCAGUUUCUUAACACUAACUCUAUCAUCACUUCCCUUUUUCUCUCUCAAAACCUUCUAAACACUUCAAUAUGUUGAACAUCUCUUCAAAUUCACACACCAUUUCCUCAAAAGCUUCCUACGGGGAGGUCCGGUUAGCGUCGAGUUGCCCGAAGAAGCGGGCAGGGAGGAAGAUAUUCAAGGAAACCCGCCACCCGGUGUAUAGAGGUGUGAGGAAGAGGAAUUUAGAUAAGUGGGUUUGUGAAAUGAGAGAGCCCAACAAGAAGACUAGAAUUUGGCUAGGGACUUUUCCAACCGCCGAGAUGGCCGCCCGAGCCCACGAUGUUGCAGCAAUGGCAUUGAGAGGCCGCUACGCCUGUCUCAAUUUCGCAGACUCCGUGUGGCGACUCCCUAUUCCGGCAACCUCGGAUACAAAAGAUAUACAAAAAGCGGCGACAGAAGCCGCCGAGGCUUUCAGACCAGACAAGAUUGUAAUGACUAAGGACAUUGAUACAGUUGUAGCAAUCGUCGCCACAGAGAAGCUGAGUAUGUUUUGUAUGGAAGUGGAAGAAGAGGAGGAAGGGUUGAAUAUGCCAGAGUUAUGGAGGAAUAUGGCUCUAAUGUCCCCUACACAUAGUUUUGAGUAUCAUGAUGAGUAUGAACAUAUUGAUGUACAAGACUAUCGAGAUGAAGAGAUAUCACUAUGGAGCUUUUAAAUUUGAUGUGUUUGGUUCAGUUUUUGUGUAGAUUGUAAAAUUGAAAAGGAUUAUGUUUUUGUAUUCUUUUCUGUAAAUAAGAAAAGAGAAUAUACAAUUUUGGAAUGUUAAAAUA